AUGGCAUAUCAACUCUUUUCCAAGGCACAUCAACCGAAGAACAAGACACCACGCGCCGCUCCUAUCCAAAGCCCUUAUAAUAAUGACAGAUACCGACCUCCGAUCCACCCUCCACCACCAGUGCCUCCUCAGUCGACAGUUCCAGCGUCCAAACCACCAGCAAGUAGCGGGGAUACAGCCGUCGAACCCACACCGUAUCCACAUCCAACCCCGUCGGGCUACCCAACUCCCCACCCCCACAUUACCAUUGAGACAGUCAGCACGGCACACAUCCCUUCACUGAUCCGUAUCACCAGCCUGCUUCUUCCCAUCCGCUACCCGAAUUCGUUCUACACUGCGACUGUCACGGAUCCCGUCAUUAGCUCGCUGUCCCGCGUCGCUAUCUACCAUGACCAUCCUGUCGCCGAAGCUCCCACAUCCACACCUUCACCGAAGACCAGUCUGGCUGCUGGUACUGCCAGAAACAUUGGAGCUGAUAAGGUUAUUGGCGGUAUCAGAUGUCGACUGGAGCGGUUGCCUCAAACGACGUCAGAGCUCCUACGCGCCAACCAAUCGCAUGGGAAUUUGGCGCAAGAGCCAACAAAUCUAUACAUUCAAACUCUACAUUUGCUUUCGCCAUAUCGGGGGAAUGGUGUCGCAGCAUCUCUACUCGACGCAUUGCUAUUUGCUACGCCACCUGGGCAUAGUUUGGCUUCAAGAACGGAAGAGGGUGAUGGUGCAGGUUACCAGGUGUCGAAAUUGGUUAGACACUACAGUAUCCGCUCCGUCACGGCUCAUGUACACGAGGCAAACGAUGAGGGCUUGAAAUGGUAUAUGGCCCGAGGAUUUCAAGUCGAAGAUGGCGUGAUAGAGAAUUACUAUCGUCGACUCAAACCGUCAGGUGCUAGAAUCGUUAAGCUUGCGUUACAAUGGAGAGACGAUGACGAGGAUAACGAAGGGACUGUCUUGUCGAAUGAAAAUUGCAAGGAGCAAAAUGAAGAAAGUCUCUAUGAUGGUGACGACGAGGAUUGGGAAAAGGUCGAGGCGGAAGAUGAAGAUGAGAAACAAGAUCACGGAGUCCGACCUUUUACGGAAUCUAGAAUUCUUGACAUUGAAGAGGGGAGUAACAGGAAGAGAAAGGCUGAGGAGGAGCCACUGUGA